GCUGCAGAGAUGCUCUCUCGUCUCCGUCUGUCUUUGUUGUCGUGACCUUCUGCCCGCAUCGUGGGUUGUUCGUCGCCAUGGGUCGUCCAGAUACCGGCCAAGUGGUGUCUUGGUACAUUGUCACCAUAAUCGCGUGCAUUUUCCUCGUCUGUCGACUCUGGGUGCGAUGGAGGCUGCUGAAACGGUUGUAUCUCGACGAUUUGUUUGUCACCGUGGCGGCGCUCUGCCUGAUCGGAGAUCUGGUCAUCCAGCAUUAUAUGUUUAACCUGGGCAUGUCGGAUGCGGCCAACAUGGACUCAGAGCAGAUGAUCAACAUGAUGAAGAUGAUCAUUCCCGGAUCCACCCUCUAUGUGACGACGCUCUGGCUCAUCAAGGCCAGCCUGGUGAUCUUCUACAAGCGUCUCGCCGAUCGCACCCGGUACCAGACCGUGUAUAACAUCACUCUGGCCCUUCUGGCGGCGACUUGGUUGGUCCUGUUCUUCGACAUUGUCUUCAAGUGCUACCCUCCUUCUCGACAAUGGCGGAGCGUGCUUGAUGCGGAAUUGGCAUGUCCGGAGAAGCCAUCGACGAUCAAUUAUUGGUUGACGAUUCUAUUUAACAUCUUCACUGAUGUCUUCAUCAUCUGUCUCCCCAUUUCGCAGGUCGCCCGUCUGAAGAUGCCCAAGAAGCAGAAGUGGGGUGUCAUCUCCGUCUUCUUGUUGGGUGUCUUGGUCGUCAUCUCAAGCAUCAUCCGAGCCAUCUACUCCCACCUGAACGAACAAAUGAUUACCUGCACCGUCUCCAUGAUCGAGGCCUCCAUCGCCAUCAUAGCCUCCUGCCUGCCCGUCCUCCGCUCGUUGGUUUUUGGGAGCCACUCGCGCACCGGGACGUACAGCGGCCGGCGCGGCUACGAGCUGUCCAACUCGGGGUACAACACCACCGGCGGCCCCUCGAGCAAGCAGCGGACCACCGUGUCGGUGACGCAGACGGCCAACACCCCCGAUGAUCUGUCCCGCCAUGAUUCUGAGGAUGGCUUGGUCAAGGAUCACGGAGCGUUGCCGUUGUCGCUGGAGAACGGGGCCGGAAUUGCUGUCACGCGCGAGUACUUUGUGCACGAGGGGGAGUCAGAUGGAAGGAGUUUCCGGUAGGGAGGCCGGGAUUGACUCAUAACAAAGUCUCUUUAAUCAUGGGGAGCUUGGCCCGCAAGGAAAAGAAAAAAGCUUACAUUCUUUAGUAGAAUAAUUUCAUAUUACUGUCAUCCAAGAGGC